AUGGACCUCUUCAAUUCGCCAACAUUCAGCCAUCAUGUCGAGACUUUGAUGCAAAAGAAUCGUGUUCCAGGCCUCUCCAUCGCAAUCGUCCAGGGUGACCAGGUCAAGUCCGCGGGCUAUGGCUCUGCUUCAAUUGAGGUCCAAGAACCAUGCACUCCAGACACGCUGUUCGAUAUCGCAUCUUCCUCCAAAUCGCUUACUGCAGCAGCAAUCGCUCUCUUGAUUCAAGAUAUCAACUUUCCAGAAGUCCAAUAUGACUCAAUCAUGUCUGAACUGCUGCCCGAUGACUUUGUCAUGUCGGAUGAACUGCACACCGAUACUGUGACUGUAGACGAUCUCUUGGGGCACCAUACUGGCAUGCCUGGCCACGAUGAUUCAUACAUGGGAGUACGCGCUACUGAGCCUGAUGAUGCGCAAUCAAUUACACGAAAUCUGCGAAACCUUGCUGUCGCUGCACCACCAAGGACACAAUACACCUACUGCAACAUGAUGUACACUGUCUUGACGCAUCUCAUAGAAGCCAAGAGCGGACAAGAGUUCGGCAAAUUCCUACAAGAGCGCAUUUUCUGUCCUCUGGGUAUGACAUCUAGCAGUCUUCAGCCCGAAGGCACCAAAGCUAAAGGUCACGAUCGGCGUCUCGCAAAAGGACAUAUCUGGGAUAAGAAGUCCACGUCAUAUCGCGAGUUCGAGGCGGUAAGCUGUCCAGAAGGCCAAGGAGCAGGGUCGGUCAUCUCAAGCGCCAACGAUUUCAUCAAGUAUAUCAAAGCGCUGAUCGAUCGUAACGGGCCGAUAAGUGAGGAUGUAUACCAGGGAUUGACACGGCCACGAUCUAAGCGAAGUGCCAACCAUCGCCAAAGGAAGGCCGGCAUUGACCGCCUCUUCUACACAGCGGGCAUGGAUCUAUACUGGCAAGACGAACACAAAGUUCUUGGGCAUAGCGGCGAUAUCACAGGCUUUGGUAGUCGCUUUGUGUUUCUACCGGAUCUUAAGUUUGGAGCAGUUGUGAUGGGCAAUUCUUCGGGGACCAAUUCAGUAGCUGCACAACUGUUUCGUGAAUUCAUCGAGAUAGUUAUAAAGUCUAAUACGAGGUGGCGGCCAUUGAGCGCGAUAUCUAACAGAGAUGUGCACACGAAGCCGCCAGAGGUGCGCGAGAAGCCGAAGUCAGAGUCGCAGAGCCACCCAGGUGGAAUGGUCAAGACCAACGGUGGCAAAGGAAAGGACCAAAAAGAAGACACUUCAACUAUAGUUGGAUCGAGUCCUACCUUGCAAAGGAAUGUGACUCUUCAAGAAUAUGCUGGCGACUAUUGGAACCCUGGUUAUCGCAACAUGAAGGUAGAGAUCAGAGACAACGGGCUUUUCAUCGAUGCGACAGAUCGCUCAAUGGGAUUCACGGCUAGACUCAAACACAAACGGGGCCAAACAGUGUAUGAUGCGCAUGUGCGAGAUGCAUUUGAGACAGGCGAUGAAGUUCUGAGGACCGAGUUUAUGAUAGAGGAUGGCAGCGUGGUAAAGAUGGGAAUGGAUCUGGAGUCACUUGUUGGCGACUUGAUAUGCAUGAAGGACAGAAACGUGUAUCUCAGUCGUCUCGGGCAACCUGACAUGCUUUUGGCUGUCUUGUAUGCCACGUUCGCGUUUGGCGAUUCAUGCCCUGUUAUCACACAACAGCUCAGCGAUCCACCUUAUGAGAACUACUUCUACUCUGACUGCAACACCGACGCCCAGGUCGUUGUAACAAGCCCUCUUCCGGAUAGUAAUCUGUCAAUCAUCGGUCCACGGCUCAUUGUUGCGUGGCCUGCGGGGAACAGCGGUAUAUGCACCUUCUUCCAACCCCAAGAUGAGAAAAAUGGAACUCUAGCUAUUGAGCUGGUCAAUUCGACUCUCGGAUCACCACUCGGUGUGAUCAACCGUGAAGAAAAAGGAUCCGACUAUCCCUAUGUUGGAGUCGAGGGCGUUCUGUCGUUCAACUCGUCGGCGAACCUCACGGUUGCUAUUCUCGGUAGUAUCCGCAACAUCCGAGACUUCACUGAAGGGCCGAGUAUCAUCAAUCCGGUGAUACAGAAUGCCACAAAUGUCACGAGAGUGAAAAGUGGUGGUGUGCUCAUCUCAAGGCUAUGGUUGGAUAAUGUGACGACGACGAACCUGUUGCUGGAGCCAUGGCAAAAUAAGGAUAGCAGCCUGUCAAUCUACAAUGACACCGUUAGUUUUGGUGCAGGUUUCUACAAAUUUUCGGCAUCUUUCAAUUAUCCUCAACUGAAGCAAUUAUCUCCCCAACAGGUCCUCAACAACCAGUCGCACGCUCUUGCUAAAAAAGAGCAGUCAGAGGUCAGGUCGUUGUCCUUCUUCUCGUAUACCGACAAGCUGCUCGCAGGUGGCUGGCGUUUCUUGACGUACUUUGGCCGCGACACCAUGAUCGCCGCGCUUUUGCUCGAACCCGUCCUCAGUGCAGGGAAUAGCUCGGCUCUGGAAGCAGUCAUCGGCGCGGUCUUGGAACGGAUCAAUCGCACCGACGGGUCGGUUUGCCACGAGGAGACCAUCGGGGACUACGCAACACUUCUGAACUUACAGAACGGCAUUGAUUCAACGGCACCAGGGUUCACCUAUCCCAUGAUUGAUACAGACUACUUCUUGCCAGUCCUCAUGGAUCGCUAUUUCAGUGCUACACCAAAGCGAGUUAAACCAUUGCUCAGCACAAAGGCUGGCGAAGUUGAUGUCGAGAAUCGGAAUCUGACAUGGGGCAAUUUGAGCUACAUCAACGCACAGAAGAUUAUGAACAUCACAGCAGCGUUUGAGAAAGAACAGUCGGUGAAGAACUUGAUCCAGCUCAAGGAGGGUGAGCUAGUUGGUCAAUGGAGAGACUCAACAUAUGGUCUUGCCAAUGGACGGAUACCCUUCGAUGUGAACUGCGCUCUCGUCCCAGCGGCACUCUACGCUAUUUCCAACUUGGCCAGGGUUGAAGGAGUGUAUCCCAAUAAUUCUGUGACCAGGAGCUGGAGUUCCGUUGCGGCGAAGAGGGCUAAGAUCUGGGAGGAUCAUACCCUGCCGUUGUUCCAGUAUAAUCUCACUGCUGACACAGCUACUUCGAAUCUGAAGGACUACGUCAAGGAAAACACCUUCUACAACGGUCCAUCUCAUACAGAUUCGGUUGCGAAUUAUUCAUCUUCUGGGAAAGUCGUUGACUAUGCUCUUGCGAUCAACACUACCAAGGAUGAGGAGAAGAUACGCAUCACGCACACUGACACGGCAUUCCGUCUGUUUCUUCUCAACUCGACCAACGACGCCCAGCUCACGACCUUCUUGAACGCAACAGCCAACGCCAUCCUUCGUCCAUUCCCAGCCGGUCUAAGUACUCCUCUGGGCAUCAUCGUUGCAAACCCAGCACUGGCAGGCAACGAGGUAUUUACUGCAAACUUCACCAACGCCGCAUAUCACGGCACCGUAGUCUGGAGCUGGCAACUCGCUCUCAUGGCUAAAGGUCUUGAACGUCAACUUGCACGAUGUUCAUCAUCACAAUCCAAGGAUGACGAUAAUGUUCCUGCGUUUUGCAGCAAUACCGGGGUGCAUACAGCUUUGAAGAGUGCAUACAAUCGUCUGUGGGAUAUAAUUGAGGACAACAGCGAGAGAUUGCAAUCUGAGGUCUGGAGCUGGAGUUACAGUUCGAAGAGUGGUUACAAGUUCGCGCCUCUAGGAACGUUGCCGCCUCCGCCGGGACUGAGCUCCGGAACGGAGAGUAAUGUUCGGCAGUUGUGGAGUUUGACAUUCUUGGCCGUGAAGAGGAACAAGGACUUUGUGUAA